AUGGAUAAACAAAUGCUGAUGUCAGCCGCUCUUCGUUUCUUUCGCACCGUCCUGCUGCUGCUGCUGCUGCUCGUCGCCUGCAGCUCCCCGCUGGUCACAUCCUCUCCGGCCGCCUCCAACGCGCUGCACACCCUGGGCGACUUCGCCUACCCGUACGGCAGCAUCUUCUCCCCGCUGCUCAAAGCCCUGUCAGAGCACGGAGGCUCCAGGUGGAACCCGGGCCUCAAGAAGAAGAUGAAGCCCGAGCACAGGUACAUGAAAUAUCUCACCGAGGUGUACAAGAAGUCGUCCCGGGUGCAGAGGAGCGUGGACGGGAAUAAAGUCUACAACACCGUCCGACUGAUCAAACCCCACGACGAGUGUCCUGCACAGAGCAACAAAGAAAGUUUUAUGCAGGAAUUGUCCUACAGCCUCGAUCAAGUAAGAAGAAAAGAACAGCUUCUGAAGUCGGCCCUGCUCUACAAUUUCAACCACGACCACUCGGCACCCGUCAACUCUGUGUGUUACCUGAGCAUCAAGGAGCAGGAGCAGGCGAACCAGUGCCAGCUGUGUCCUGGGAUCCACCGCGAAGUGAACUUUACGGCCAAUGCAGACAGGAGGAGUUGGAGGAACUGGGUUGAGGUCGACAUCACCUCCUUCCUUCAGCCUCUGUUAAAGUUCCAGAAGAAGAAUAUACACCUGCUUGUCAACGUCACCUGUCCAGAUGAGCAAAGGGCGAGGGCCGAUGGGCGCAGAAGCCUACUAGAGUUCACCCUUAGAUCCCCUCCUCUGCUUCUUUACCUCAAUGACACCAGCAAAAUCGCCCAUCAGAGGUUACUGGUCAAUGCCAAAGCAGGUCCAAGGCCAUCCACUGCAUCAAAUACAUUUCAGAAGCAGAUGGCUUUGAAACCAGAACAGAGGCGCAAGAGGAGAUGGAAGAGGGAAUCCCCAAAGAGCAAACGAGGUGAUAAAACCCUGGACAUCCACCUGCCUGAGCUGCUUCCGAGCUCUGAAUUCCCGACAAGCGACUGCGCCUUGUAUGAUUUCAGGGUGCGCUUCAGUCAGCUCAAACUGGAUCACUGGAUUGUUUUUCCACCAAAGUACAACCCCAGGUACUGCAGAGGCGUCUGCCCGAGGACGAUGGGCUUCAUCUACGGGUCGCCCGUCCACACCAUGGUGCAAAACAUCAUCUACGAGAAGCUUGACUCCUCCGUGCCCCGGCCCUCGUGUGUUCCCUCCCACUACAGCCCCCUCAGCGUCAUGAUCUUCGAAGAGGACGGCUCCUACGUCUACAAGGAGUUUGAAGACAUGGUCGCCACCAGGUGCACAUGUCGCUAAGCCAGCUACCAGCAUAGGUCUUUUGUUUUUCCUUCUUGUCUACAGGCUGAAUAGAGCAUCACUAAGAACCUCCUCAACAGUCAUCACAGCUGAACUAUUUCCAAGAAUCAAAUGUUCUGACCAGGCUCAGUGAUUUCAUGAAAUUAUAAAAUGCAUGAAAGAAGUUUGAUCUGGAGCAGGUGUGUUUACUUAAACAAAGUAUUUUAUCGUAAUGUAGAAGCGUGGCAUUUAUUUCCUUUUUGUUAAGGCAUGACAAGAAAAGGUGCAAAUGUAUCCUGUUCUGCA